CAAGUCGUGCCGCAUUCUCGGGGCUUUAUUCAUUCCAUGUACAUGGCGGGUUGUCUCGUGGGGCCCUUUGUCGCUACUGGAGUAGCUGCAGCCACAUCGAAAUGGUUUCUAUUCUAUACGUUUCCUCUUGGAAUUGGUGUUCUCAACGUCGCCUUUGUCAUUUAUGCAUUCUGGGAUACUCUGAGACUCAAGAGAAAGCAGCCACCUACUGAGCGGACUCUCGAGGCUGAUCAGUUACCGGCUUCAAGGAACGAACACGCAUUCUCUUUGAUAAAGGAAACUUUCAAGAACAAGGGCUUCUUGCUCAUCAGUUUGUUCUUCUUUUUCUACAUUGGCGCCGUCCUUACAGCCGGUGGAUGGGUUGUUGAGUAUCUGAUCGUUGUUCGCGACGGCGACAUCAACCAGAUGGGUUUUGUGUCUGCUGGCUUUAAUGGAGGAUCGCUACUUGGACGAAUGCUGCUGGCUGAGCCCAUACAUCGCUUUGGGAUUCGCAAGAUGAUUUUCGGUUUUGCAAUUAUCAGCAUCGGCCUUCAGUUGCUGUUCUGGCUGGUUCCAAAUAUCAUUGCUGCUUCCAUCGCCAUCAGUUUUCUGGGUUUCUUCACGGGUCCAUACUUUGCUGCAGGCGUCUCGGUCGCUUCCAAACUCUUCAAUGAUCGCAUCAAGUCCACGGCCCUAGCGUUUGUGUUUGUCUGCGCACAACUCGGGGGUUGUGUGUUCCCAAUCAUAACCGGUCUCGUGGCAUCCAGCGUCGGCGUCAAGGUUUUGCAGCCUGUUCUUUGUGCACUUUUGGUCGCAACAGCCAUUUCCUGGUUGUUCGUGCCCAUGCCCAAGGAGAAUGAAAAUCCGACGUUGCACCAGGAGUAG